UUCAAAAGUGUUAGCUGGGAUUGAGGUCAGGGCUCAGACUGGUCAAGUUCCUCCAAGGCCAGUCAAGUUCCUCCACACCAAAUUCUGCAUUUCUUGGAACUUCCUUUGUCAUGCUGAAACAGGAAAGGAACUUCUCCAAACUGAACAGAAGCCAGACUAACCACAGAGAAAACCAGCUGAACUGUCAGAUAUGUUAAAGUGUAGUGUAAAAGACUUUAUAACCACGUCAUUGCAAGACCCUUAAAAAUAGAUUGGCUUGUCUGGUUGUGCAGUUUUUAUUCAGGAUUUAAUAUUAAUAGAAGUGUACAAUAUUUUGUAUUUGUCCGCAUUAAAAUGAGCACAUAAGAAAAGUCAAAACUUCCUCCUUCAUUGUGAAAUGAACAUAAGUACAUUUCAAAACCUCUCUAAGUCAGUAAGGGGUCUUUUUUAAAACUUCCUCCUUCACUGUAAAAGGAGAAUUUUUCUUACACUCUGCAAUGGCGAUGACACUGCAGCUGAUCUUCGUUCUCUCCACUCUGUUCUCAAUCACAGAGUCCAGUGAUGUAUUUAGGCUUAUUGGCAGUUCUGUUGAACUGGACAUACAGCAUCCUGUACCGAAGUCUGAUGAAUUAAUCUGGGUUUUUAACAGAGCUAAAAAUGUUCUAAAAUAUUAUCCUGAAGUGAAAAAAACUAGACUGUUUUCUGGUUAUGAAGGCAGAGUGGAGUUCAAUGAGGAAACCUACAGUCUGACACUGAAGAACUUACAGAAGACUGAUAGUGGACUGUAUGAAGCAAAAGCAUCUGGUGAUGAGGUCAGAGUUGUUACUGAGUACAUACUCUCUGUGUUGGAUCCAGUGGAGGCUCCAGUCCUGACUCACCAGCUAAGCAGAGACACCUGCAACAUCACUCUCACCUGUAGAGGUCAUGACCUCUCUGUCAGCUCCAGCUGUUACAAAGAAACCUGUGAGGAGAAGGAAGUGACAUCACCUGGAGGCGACGCCCUUUCCCUGUCUGUCAGUGGCAGCACUAUCGUCUGUAACCAUAGCAACCCAGUCAGCUGGAAGAAGGAUGUUUUGGAGAUGAGAGAACUUAAACAACUCUGUGCUGCUGAAGGUGAAGGUUCAGUGUCUCCCUCUGCUGGUGUAUCUGUGUGUUUGCUGAAGACUGUGCUGUAUUCCAUCAUGCUGAUCCUCAUGCUGUCUGCUGUCAUCACUGUCCAUGUCAGAGAAAGACUGACCAAAUCAUCUUAAAGACAUGGAUGGUGUUACACAGUUUAUUAUAGCUGUUACAGUUACAUAAUACUCUAUUCUGUAAUCUCUGAUUAUAAUCCACUCUACUGUAUAGCUGUACCUAACAGGCUCACAAAACAUAGAUUUUUUUUUAUUUAUUUUUUUUUAGCAUCACUGUUGUAGCUUCUCAGAUAUCAGCUGACAGAAUGUACUAGAAAAUGUAUUAAAAUCCAUUUGUAACUACUGUUUAUGCAUAUGUUUACAAACAUGGCUAAAGAUGAACCUGCUCUUCAUGUGAAGUCUGUUUGAUCAGUGAUGCUCCAAAGAUAGUGUUUUUAGUGGGUGGUAAAAAGGGCUUUUAACUGGGUUUAAGUGUAUGAGCAACAUAAUAUUGAGAUUCCCAAAGAAGUGCUAGCUUAUUACUGUAGUGGUGGAAUCAGGCCACUCAAUACUUUCAUGCUUUAUUAUUAUUUUUUUUAAAGAAUACAUUAAAAAUGUAAAAGAUUUGUACUUGAACUGCAUGACCUGUAAUAAAAAAAGUAACAGAACUGUC